CCUUCUUUUUCUUUCUUAACACUAGACAUUCAUGUGUCCGCACAGACCAGCAUUCCCAUAACGCAAUCAAGUAGGAGAUUCCAUUCCGAUACCCAUGAUCCCACACUGCCUGAGGUACUCAAGCCUUAGCGGUCACCCAAUUGCUGAAUUCCCCGUCACCGCCUGGACAACAACUCACUACAUCCAUGCUCUUCCCACAACGAUAAACCACGAUAGACCCCGCUGCGAGAACGUUUGUCACAACGUGGGAGGAUCUCCUUCGCAGGACACGGUAUCCUUGACUUUGGUCUGAAAUCUGUUAUCUGAUCGAACUUUUCCACAUCAAAGAAGGCACGAGGUCGACCCAAAGCUUCUGGACAGGAAAAACCAUUGAAAAGUUCUGUUGAAUUCUUUUACUUAAUAUCAAGAUGGACAUGUCAUCGCAUUCUUCCUCGUCGUCGGGCAUGUCGGGCAUGUCCCACAUGCAAAUGACCUUUUUCAGCGACGAGACUACUCCGCUCUACUCGACCGGCUGGACUCCUUCAGGAACAGGAUCCUACGCAGGCACCUGUAUCUUUCUUAUCCUGCUGGCCGUCAUCUUUCGAGCUCUGUUUGCUUUCAAGCAUGUCCUCGAAAAGCGGUGGCUCGAUCAAGCUCUCAAUCGUCGAUAUAUUGUUGUUGCGGGCGAGGUGCCCGAGGCCGAGCGGUCCUUGAACGACCCGGAUGCGAAGACGGGGACGCUCGUUUCGAGCAAAGGUCUGGAGGAGCGCGUGCGGGUCGUGCGCCGCCAUGCUCGAGGAAUUUCGCCAUGGCGGCUCUCAGUCGACGUACCCCGCGCUGGUAUUGCGACGGUCAUUGCUGGUGUCGGGUAUCUGCUCAUGUUAGCUGUCAUGACCAUGAAUGUGGGCUACUUUUUGUCCGUGCUCGGAGGCACAUUUCUUGGCGAGCUCGCAUUCGGACGAUAUGCCCAACUGGAAGAGCAUUAAACAACUCAGAAGGGAGAUUUGAAACCUCUUUCUGAUCGGGAUACAUUGUGGAUAUUUGCAUAUGGAGUUCUGGCAUGGAAUACUGCAACGACACUUGAUGGCUGCAUAGGCGUGUUAGUGGGUUGUCUAUACCCAAUUUGCAUUUCUUUUCAUUAAAGUGCUGGCAUCACUUUGCACGCAUAGAAUUGAUGACAUCAAUCAUGACUUUUUUAUUUUAUUCUUCUUUUUAAAAGUAGUAUUUUGAACCAAUUGAGAUGUCACAUUGACGGAAAAGACUACAUUCUUUUUGCAUACAAUAUAGCCGAAAAAGGCCAACAUUUACAAUUCGAGGACUGGCGGAGUUUCUCUCCAAGAAUCCCAAGAAAUGUCUCAAUUGAAU